CUAGCAUCUCUUUCUCACGGCUUUCAUUUAGGGGCGAACCCUAUUAAUAUGGAUUCGCAACCCUGGAUCUUCAAUGGCCGAUGAUGCUGAAAUGUUCUCUCUUCCCAGAAAGUUAAAAGGUGAUCUGCGGUUGAUAUGAGCAGCAAAUAAAUUUAUUUGUUCACCUCUUUGCUUGAUUACCCAUGCCUCCUGUCCGUUCCUCUCCGUGCAAUGGCGAGAGACCCACAGAGGAAUUCAAUCCCCAACUAAACCAUAGUUUGGAUUUUAAUACACAUAAAUCAAGGGAUCAUGGUGAGGCUUGUCAACAAGAAGUUAGAUAUGGUGCACGUGAUGUCAGUUUUAUUAUCAAGAGCUAUAGUGGGCUUCUCAAGGGAACUUCCUUGCCAACUAUUGAGAUGAUAGACAACAUAUACAAGAUGAAUUGCUCUAUAAUACAUGGAAAUAUCUCACCACAAACUGAAAACAACCCUGGAGCAAGUCAAGGACCACCAACAUCAGAGACCAAUAAUUCGUGUGUACUAAUGCCAUCUUCAAGUUCAACUUUGGCUAAACCUCUAGACUGUAGCAACACCAAAGAAGUCCAUCUAAUGGAACAGCCUCUCUUGAUGAUAGGUGACAAGGAGCUAUUAGCACUAAACAGAGGCAAUGCCAUGUUACGUUACAAGGAGAAAAAGAGAACUCGGAGGUAUGAUAAGCACAUCAAGUAUGAGUCCAGGAAGAUGAAGGCUGAUGCUCGGAAGCGUGUGAUGGGUCGGUUUGCUCGUGAAGCUUCAGAUGUUGAUACCAACAGUUGAUGGAUUUAAUGUUUACCUAUUUUCAUUCGGGAGGGCAUUCCCCUGUUAAUCUAUGAUUUAACACCACUGGUCUACUGGCAUCAGGCGGAUCCAUCUUGAUGAAGGUUGAAUUCAGUUCCACUGGCCGGCACCUUUUAGCACCAUGUAAAACUCAAUUGUUGUGCCAACCAUGUACUAAAGUUUCGAGCAAAUCUCCACUCUUUAGCUUGUUUCCAAUUCCAAUGUAGUGCAAAAGGGUCCAGUGUUAUUAACUGAGAUGAGGCCCGGUUGGACCAUGUACCCAAAAUACUAAUAGCAUGUUUGACUUCAGCCUGUCCACUUAUGAACACAUGUACCCAAAAUACUAUUAGCUAGCCGAUCCAAUAAGCUCAGAUUAUUUUACUUGAAUUCUAAUCCAAUUGUGACAUUUUUUUGGGUA